ACAGGGUAUUCCCCGUAUGAACUCAUGUUUGGCAGGCAGCCAAGGUUGCCCAUCGAUCUCAUCCUUGGAACUCACCCUGGCAAACCUAGUCCGACGUCAUACUCUAACUACGUUAAAACCCUUCGGCAAAACCUUUCAGAGAGUUACGCCCUUGCCAUUGAACAUUCUAAGAAAAUGAGUGACAAAAACAAGGUGCGUUUUGAUAAAAAGAUCAAAGCUGCUGAAUUGUUUUCAGGCGAUAAAGUUUUAGUACGAAACGUCAACAUCAGAGGGAAGCACAAACUUGCUAACCGUUGGGAACAAAACAUCUAUGUUGUCGUUAAACGGAUCAAAGACAGUCCGGUUUACGUAGUCAGACCAGGAAAUGGAGAUGGCCCGAACCGUACAUUGCACAGAGAUUUGCUUCUCCCCUGCGGUUUCUUACCUGUUGAGGACCAUGCAGGACCAGACAUUCCACCUGGUAAUCAAAGGAAAACAAGAACCAGGAGUAAAGUGAACAAGGCAGAACCAAGUGACCAGGAUGGAGAGUGCAGUAUGGAUGAAAUGAGUGAUGAGGAGGACUUCAGUUUCACUAGAUGGGAGCCGGAAAUCGUUACAAGAGGGCCUUAUGUUCAAACUGGAGGAAAUCCUCCAAGUGCCACCUCAUCUGUUGAUGUUAUUCCACAAAACUCCUUGCCGAAUGCAAAUGCGUGUCCUUCACCUGAAGUGCCUAAUACACGUGGUUCUGAUUCUGGUCAUUUAGACGUCAGCUCCUCAGACCAUGUUAUUAUCGACAUGUCCGAAACUGACCUUGAACCUACCUUGAUUGACACAGACCUCACUUCAGAAAUUGUUGGCGGUACAGACAAUGUUGUUAGUGCUGAAACUAGUGCUACAGAGCCAGUAAGUUUGAGACGUUCGGAAAGAGAACGACGCCCACCUCAGAAGUUGACCUAUGAUGAGUUAGGAGAGCCACUGACUUUGGCCAUUAGCUCAUUUUUUCAAGCGUUGAGUUGCAUUCUCCAAAUGUCACCACAAAAGGGUUCCAGUUGGGUUGAUGUGCAUGAAGGGACUCAUGCGGUCUAGAGGGGGAGGAUGUAACCCAUGGUUAUUUUGUCAGUAUAUAUAUAUGUAUUUUUUUUUUAUUUUUCCUAAAUUGCUUGGAAAAAAACAUGUUUUUGUUGAGUGCUGGGGUUUCCCACGGCACUGUGAAUGCAACGCACCUGUUUAGAAGCGUGUCACGGAGCUCCUCCCUGCUCAGAGCUAGCGCGUUUUUCUUUCACGGCGUUUGUCUGCACGGAGCAAGGCAAGAGAUGUUGUGGGAGUUCGGUCGUAUAACUCGUUAAGACAACAGAGUGCUUCUGUUGAAGAAUAUCCUGGCUGGUUUUUUGACACGGCUGCAGAACCUGCUGUUACUGCCUGAGUGGUUUUUUCCUGUGGACUGGACUAGAAGCCACCGGAGGCGUUGAUGCAGGACGUUCCAUAUGUGAAGGCCACCUGGUUCCUUGGAGGGUGGUAGGAUAGAAAAGGAUUUCUCAUCUUGUUCUGUGGAUCCCUACUUUUUUUUUGAGAUCUCAAACAAUUUUUUUGUUGCUACUUUCAUUGGGUCAGAUCUGACACCAAACAAAAAAACAAAAAACAUUUUGAUGCAUCAGAGUUACUGGAGUUCAAUUUAAAUACCAACCCAAGGAAAAGUGACGGACGGUGC